CCGAGUUGAUGGUCACACGGUCCACACCAAUUUUCCGCAUCCCAAUCUUCAAGUCGGGUUAGAAGCGACCGAAGCAGUAGCUACGACUCGAGGGAUAAACUGGAGAAGAGACGUUCGUGAAACCAUGAUGUCCGCGCCAGAUCGACUGUCCCCCCGCCGUGGCUCAACCCGGGACGUGAAAGCUGGGAAGCACCCCGGCCCAUAGGUCCAUUGUCCGCACGGCGUCUGGCGGACGGUUGACCCGAAGUGUCGGGUCUCGAGAUGAAUCCCUCACAGCCUAUCAUCGCCACCUCUCUUGCAUCUCUGAUCAAGCAAGCAAGAAAUUGCAAAUCAUACUGCAGCCCAACGGGCUCCUGUGGCCUCCAAUGAGGACGGGAAUCGCCUCUUUGCUCUUCAUAACUUCAGCUUGUGUUGUAAAGAUGCGAUAUUGAAGGUAAAGGGGAUGCAAACACACGACUCGGAGGGGGACAGUUUGCAAACAUUGAGGGUUUUUCAGGUCACCACUUUCUUCAGGUCACCACUUUGUCUGUAUUGCUUUGUUUCUUUUUCUUCCGGGUUUUUUAUUUUGAAACUUGUUUUUGUUUUAUUUUUAACUUGGGCUUUUGUUAAAGAAAAUCUCCUUCCCCGUGCUUACCGAAAGGCAAAAAAAAGUAAAAAGAAAAAAAGGGGGAAAAGAAAAAACACUUAAUCUCCUACAAGCAAACCUCCCAACUAGACAACAAACACAACACAACCUACUCUAUCCGCAGCUCCACAGCUCUACAGCUCCAUGGCUCUCCGUUGUUUGCUUGUUUGUACAU